AUGGGCAUAUUACACAGUUUGGCGAUCGUACAUUCUUUUUCGAACAAACUGCUUCUUGAGAUUUGUGGGAGGUUCUUCCGCAACUCUCACUUGGUCAUCGAGACAACACUUAACCAAACUGGCCCUUAUCGCCUUGCUGAGGUCGUCGGUUAUGAAAGGCCGGACUCGGUUAAGCGACAUGCUUGUUGGCAGCUUCUUGAUGUUGCUCUCAUCAUCAUGUGUUGUGACCCACAGUUUCAUAUUACGGGAAUUUGUGACAUUUUGCAAUGUAUACCUCAUUUUAUGAGUGGAAUAUUCACAAUACGUCAAUCCAUUUUCCAUCCCUUCCUUGCAAAGGCUUUGAGCAUACUUGGAUCACCAUGUUACGUUGCAUACUGCGUUCUCACCCUUAUACUUUCCAUCAACAGGUUCCUUAUUGUUGUAUCUCCUCGCAAUGGUCAGGUGUUAUUUUCAAGCUCAAUCGCCUACAUCUGGCAUGUAUUUCCAGUUUUGUCAUGGCUUAUUUUCGCUCUAUUUCUUGCUUCACCGUGGGCCACGAUGGUCUAUACACCAGAAUUGUAUUCAUGGACUUAUAACUUUCAACUGCCUCUCUCCAGAGGAGUGCAACAGUCGGCAAUGAUAGUGGAACUUGCGUGUGCUGUUAUCUUUAGUCUCUUGUAUCUAUAUACCUUAGCUUCCAUCUACAUAAAGCGAAGACAAUUUAUCAGUGAUGCUGGGAACAGAUCGGAACUAAAAAUCCUCAUUCAAUGUGUAGUUACUGCUUCAUACUGCAUCGUUAUGAACCUUCUUUGGCACCAUUCACAGGCUUUUCCAUCAAAUCUAUGGAUGGGAAUGCUGCUAAAUUUUAUGUGGGUGUUCAAUUCCGGAGUAUAUCCGUUGAUCUACAUCAUUGUUAACAGGACUAUCCGAAAUCGAAUUCUUGUUAAAAGGACAAAAACAACUACUGUUUCUCAUGUUUUUCAAAGCAAAGCUGCAGGAGACAGGCCAGGAUGA